AUGCAAAAGCUCUAUGAAGAGCUACAACCCACUGCCGAGAGUGAAGGGCGUCGGUCAAGGUUCAUUGAGAAACUCGACAAGAUACUUCGUGGAAGGUGGCCGACAUCAUCAAUCAAAGUCAAUGUCUUUGGCUCUACAGGGAACAACCUAGGCACGUCGGAUUCCGAUGUUGAUAUCUGCAUCACCACUGAUUGCAAGGAGAUGGAGCGAGUUUGUAACAUCGCAGACCUCCUUGCAAAACAUGGGAUGGAAAGAGUCGUGUGUGUCUCUUCCGCCAAGGUGCCAAUCGUCAAGAUCUGGGAUCCUGAGUUACACGUCGCUUGCGACAUCAAUGUCAACAACCCCCUGGCUUUGGAGAAUACGCAAUUAGUCCGGACCUAUGUCAGCAUUGACAGCCGAGUGAGGCCAUUGGCCAUGAUCAUCAAAUAUUGGGCGAAGCGAAGGAUGUUGAAUGACGCUGCCCUUGGAGGCACACUUAGCUCGUAUACGUGGAUAUGUCUGGCCUUGAAUUUUCUGCAAACAAGAGACCCUCCAAUCUUGCCUACUUUGCAACAACAGCCUAAUUUGCAACAGAAAGAGGUGGCUGGAGUGAACGUUUCGUUCGAUCGCAAUGUGGACGCUCACAAAGAUUUUGGCAGUCGCAAUCAGUCCUCCUUGGGAGAACUGUUGUUCCACUUCUUCCGUUAUUACGGGCACGAGCUCGACUUUGAGCAAAGCGUGGUAUCGGUGCGGCUGGGUCGAGUACUGUCCAAGGUUGAGAAGUCGUGGCAUCUUCUCCAGGACAAUCGUCUUUGUGUCGAGGAACCUUUCAACGUAUCAAGAAACCUGGCCAACACUGCAGACGAUACCUCGAUGCGAGGGAUCCACCUGGAAUUACGGCGGGCGUUUGAGCUGUUGGGAGAGGGGAAACUGACAGAAUGCUGCGAACAGUUUGUGCACCCUCCCGAUGAGAUCAAGCCCUCUGAACACUUUGUGCCACCCUCAGCGCGGCCCGUGAUCCCGCAGCCUCCGAACCCACCGUCACGAGGAGCUCGUAAUGCGUCUCGAGGUGGUGGCAGGAAUCUAGGUCAAAUGGGUCGCAAUCCCCGGCGGUCGUCAAAUCCCACUGCACGAAAUCCCAACUACUUGCGCAAUCCCCCGUUUCAGAUGAACACCCAUGAGUUGCAGCUUCAACAACAGCACCAGCAACAUCUCCUGCACGACCAGCUCUUUCAACAAUACCAAUACCUUCAGCUUCAGGAGCAGGAGCUUAGGAUGCAGCUCUAUCAACAGAAUCUUCGGCAAAGAGGUCUAAUGGCGGCUUAUAGUCAAUCUGCGGGAUAUGGUCAAUUUGUCCCGGAUGAUGGUCUUGAUCUUGGAUCCAAUCCACAGGUCAACGGCAUUGGCCGAGCUCCCAUGUCAGCACCCCUGUAUCAGCACGGCUUUCCUCGAUCGCCGUAUCUCUCUGCAAGCCAACCAAGCCAGGGUGUAGCAACAAACCCUCCGUCACCGAGACUCAAUUCGGGGAUUCCAGACACUCGAAGGUAUUCACGGCGAACAUCGGUAACGCAAUCAUCUACAGGAGGUUCCUUGCGAGCGCAGUCACAGCCUGCACGCGCGGUACCACUCACUUCUUUAGGACAUUUGCAACGACCGGAUAUUGCAAGCCUUCAGGAUCCUUCGAUAGGACGGAGGUCGUCCUCAUCGUCGACAUCCCAAGAACCGUACAUGGCUUACAUGGAGAAUGGCUAUGGCAUGACUGGAUCAAUUUAUGAUGCAGUACGGAGGCCAGCUGAGUAUCUCGGAUAUUAUGUCGGUCAAUCGCCGUCAUUAUCUGCUUAUACUCAGAGCACCGCAAUCUCUCCUAUCCCUUCACACGUUGGCCUUGCUAUUCAGAACGGGGGUCUAUCUCCUCGACUUGCUCCAGCAUCGACCCGACCGUCUGGGACGAUGCACACCCCGCCACUCCAAACGAUCUCUACUGCCUCGGUGGAAGUGCAAGCCGAAGCAGGGCAGGAGUCGAGGAAUGGUGAAGCCAGCAAUAUUGAACCCACCCCACCGAAGCCCAGGGCCGGGCCCCUGAUAGUGGAUGGCUCCAUCAAUUCACCGCUCCGAAGGCGUACCACCCACUCAUUCAACGACCCUGAAGAUCAUAUCAAUUUCAGCGCAUCCACGUCCGAGGACCUGGCAUUUGACACGCCAUCAAGCUCAGACGAACAAUCUCAAGACGCUUUCGACUGCAAUGCACACGGGAAGACUUCUCCAAUCAGCCCCAGUGGGCCUCGAAAUCACGUCCAGCAUUCAACCAAUGCUGCUCCAGAUUUUGUGAAUGGCUAUUUACCCUUGAGAGCCAUGGCAAAGAGUCCAAAGGAGGGGUUGCAGGAUCAAGUGGCCGGUGUAGGGGAAUCGGUGGGGAUGAGUGUCCUCACUACGAUGAAAGCGGUCGGCCCAGCCUGGUCUCUUGAUCGGCAACUCUCCUCUGUGGAGGAAGUCCGCACGCCGUCCCCAAGAGUUGAGAAAUUUGACGGGGAGAGCUCUUUACCAAAGGAUAUGAAGGGUCAUCCCAGCCAGAAUGGGCCCUCAUCUGAUGGGCAGACACUUUUGGUGAAUGGUGAGCAUCGUGAUACGACCAGACCACUAGCAUCCAGAACCAACGGGACUUCAGGAUCUUCAAACCACGGAUCCAGUCACGUCAAUUCUGUUCCGCAUGCCGGUGGACCAAGCGGCUGGCAAACCCAGAAGAAGAAAAAGAAUAAAAGAAAGACGGUCAAAUCGGAGAACGAUGCUCAGACGUCGAAUCCUUCUGUAGGAGAAACCCUCCCUGCCGACGAGUCCUUACGGAAAGGCGGCUAG